AGAGAAGCGGCGGGGCAAGCCGGGGGCUGUAGUGAACAGCGCAGCCGAACGGGGAUUGCCGGCUUGCGGCGAGCGGAGGAGGCCCGGGCCCGACGGUCUCCGAGAUGUCACGAUGGCUGUGGCCAUGGUCGAACUGUGUGAAAGAGCGGGUCUGCCGCUACUUGCUGCACCACUACUUGGGUCACUUCUUCCAGGAGCACCUCAGCCUGGACCAGCUCAGCCUCGAUCUAUACAAGGGCAGCGUUGCCCUGCGGGACAUCCACCUGGAGAUCUGGUCUGUGAACGAGGUGCUGGAGUCCAUAGAAUCACCACUGGAGCUGGUGGAAGGCUUCGUGGGCUCCAUUGAGGUGGCCGUGCCCUGGGCUGCACUGCUCACCGACCACUGCACGGUGCAUGUGUCAGGCCUCCAGCUCAUCCUGCAGCCCCGCCAGGGCCCAGGGCCAGGGCCUGCCGACUCACAGAGCUGGGCCUCAUGCAUGACCACGAGCCUGCAGCUGGCUCAGGAGUGCCUGCGGGAUGGGCUGCCUGAGCCCUCUGAGCCACCACAGCCCUUGGAGGGACUGGAGAUGUUUGCCCAGACCAUCGAGACUGUGCUACGAAGGAUCAAGGUGACCUUCCUGGACACUGUCGUGAGGGUGGAGCACUCACCAGACAGUGGGGAGCGCGGUGUGGCGGUGGAAGUCCACGUGCAGAGGCUGGAGUACUGUGAUGAGGCAGUGCGGGACCCAAGCCAGGCCCCUCCAGUGGAUGUGCACCAGCCUCCUGCCUUCCUGCACAAGCUGCUGCAGCUAGCGGGGCUCCGCCUGCACUUCGAGGAGCUCCCUACACAGGAACAACCCCCAGAGCCACCCUUACAGAUUGGCAGCUGCUCAGGGUACAUGGAGCUGAUGGUGAAAUUGAAGCAGAAUGAGGCCUUCCCAGGCCCCAAGCUGGAGGUAGCUGGGCAGCUGGGCUCCCUGCACCUGCUCCUGACCCCACGGCAGCUCCAGCAGCUCCAGGAACUGCUUAGCGCCAUGAGCCUUGCAGACCCCCAGGGCCUGGUCGACAAGCUGAACAAGAGCCGCCCACUAGGUGCUGAAGACCUGUGGCUGAUUGAGCAGGACCUGAACCAGCAGCUGCAGGCAGGGGCUGUGGCUGAGCCUCUUGGCCCAGACCCCCUUACCAACCCUCUUGUCAACCUGGACAGUGCUGACCUCUUCUUCUCCAUGGCCGGCCUCACGAGCAGUGUGGCCUCUGCCCUCUCUGAGCUGUCCCUCUCCAACGUGGACCUGGGCUCCUCUGUGCACAGUGACGUGGCCCCCCGCCGGCCGUCUGCCCAGGCCCCCCCAGCCGGCAGGACAGCCCCCAUGCCCCUCCCGGACACCCUGCGUCCUGACUCGCUGCUGAAGAUGACCUUGGGGGGCGUGACCCUGACCUUGCUUCAGACUUCUGCCCCACCUCCUGGACCACCUGACCUCACCACCCACUUUUUUACGGAGUUUGAUGCCACCAAGGAGGGGCCCUUUGGUUCCCGAGACUUCCACCAUCUGCGACCACGCUUCCAGAGGGCCUGCCCCUGCAGCCAUGUCCGGCUAACGGGCGCAGCCGUGCAGGUGUCCUGGGAGCUGCGAACAGGCAGGGGCCGGCGGACCACCAGCACAGAAGUGCACUUCGGGCAGCUUGAAGUGCUAGAAUGUCUGUGGCCCAGGGGUGCUCCCAAGCCUGAGUACACAGAGAUCCUGAGCUUCCCCAGCAGCCUGGGCUCCCAGGCCUCAGCUCGGCCCUGUGCCCACCUGCGCCACACGCAGACGCUGCGCCGUGUGUCCAAGAGCCGACCCCGUCGCCCAGCUGCCUGCCACUGUCACUCAGAACUGGCCCUGGACCUGGCCGACUUCCAGGCAGAUGUGGAGCUAGGGGCCCUGGACCGGCUUGCUGCCCUGCUACACCUGGCCACCGUACCCUCCCCUGAGCUACCUGCUGGCCUGCUGACAGAGACCCCACCAGCAACUGAGCAGCAGACAGUGGUGCAGCUCUCGGCGCCCCGGGCCACCCUGCAGCUGUGCUUCCCCAUUGCUGACCUGCGGCCUGAGCGGGACCCCUGGGCGGGCCAGGCUGUGCGGACUGAGCAUCUGCUGCUGGAGCUGAGUGAGCCCCAGUUCCAGUUGCAGCUGAGCAGUGGGCCUGGCCCCCCAGCCCCCACCCGCUUGGAACUUACCUGUUCUGACCUACAUGGCUCCUACGAAGAUGGAGAGAAGCCACCAGUUGCCUGCCUACGGGUUUCCAAAGCCCUGGAUCCCAAGAGCCCUGGGCACAAAUACUUUCUGCCCCAGGUAGUGGUGACCCUGAACCCCCAGCUCAGCAGCACACAGUGGGAGGUGGCCCCAGAGAAGGGAGAGGAGCUGGAGAUGUCGGCUGAGAGUCCAUGCGAGCUGCAGGAGCCCGAGCCCUCGCCCUUCUCCUCCAAGAGGACCAUGUACGAGACAGAGGAGAUGGUGAUUCCUGGAGACCCUGAGGAGAUGAGGGCCUUCCAGGGCCGGGCCCUCGCACUGUCACGCUGCAGCCUGGAAGUGCUCCUGCCCAGCACCCAUGUCUUCCUGCCCAGCAAGGAGGUCUACGAGAGCCUCUACAACAGGAUCAACAAUGACCUGCUCAUGUGGGAGCCUGCAGACCUGCUGCCCCCCCCUGCCCCCACAGCUCACCCCCAGAGCUUCCAGGGCCCCUCAGGCUUCUGGCAGGACAACUUCAAGAUGUGCAAGUCGGCCUUCAAGCUGGGUAGGAGGGGCCCCCCUGGCAGGGCCCCCGGCAUCCCCAGAGCGGGCAGGGUCGGGGUAGCCCUCCCAGGCCUCCUUCCCACUCGGCUUCUUGGUCUCACCCCAGACUCAGACUCGGACGAUGAGGAUGCCCACUUCUUCUCAGUAGGGGCAUCGGGCACCCCCCAACCCCGUGCCCCCAAGCCCCCAGGCCCUCAGUCCCAGAGUACCUUCUCUACACUGGUGACAGUGCUGAAGGGUCGGAUCACAGCUCUCUGUGAGACCAAGGAUGAGGGUGGGAAGCGGCUAGAGGCCGUGCAUGGGGAGCUGGUGCUGGACGUAGAGCAAGGCACCAUCUUCAGCGUCUCCCGGUACCGAGGCCAGCCCGGACUUGGCUACUUCUGCCUGGAAGCUGAAAAGGCAGCGCUCUUCCACCGAGCGGUGGUGGAUGACUGCCUGCUGCCCAGCCACCUGGAGCUGCCCAGCUUUGCUCCUCCAGCCCAGCUAGCCCCAACCAUCUACCCAUCGGAGGAAGGAGUGACCGAAUGGGGAGCCUCAGGCCACAAGGGCCAAGGCGGGGGCCCCCACAUGCUGUCCACAGCCGUUCGUAUCCACCUGGACCCCCACAAGAAUGUCAAGGAGUUCCUGGUGACACUGCGGCUGCAGAGAGCCACCUUGCGCCACUACAUGUCCCUGCCAGAACAGAGCUGGCACUCCCAGCUGUCAGAGUUCUUGGAUGUGCUGGAUGACCCGGUGCUGGGCUAUCUGCCCCCUGCUGUCAUCACGGUCCUACACACACACCUGUUCUCCUGCGCCGUGGAUUACAGGCCCCUCUACCUCCCUGUACGUGUCCUCCUCACCGCUGAGAGCUUCACCCUCUCCAGCAACAUCAUCAUGGACACCUCCACCUUCCUGCUGAGGUUCAUCCUCGAUGACUCGGCCUUAUACCUGUCCGACAAGUGUGAGGUGGAGACCCCAGAUCUGCGGCGAGAUUAUGUCUGCGUCUUGGAUGUCGACCUCUUGGAGCUGGUGAUCAAAACCUGGAAGGGGAACACUGCGGGCAAACUGAGCCAGCCACUGUUCGAGCUGCGCUGCUCCAACAACGUGGUGCAUGUGCACAGCUGCGCCGACUCCUGCGCCCUGCUAGUCAACCUGCUCCAGUACGUAAUGAGCGAAGGUGACCUGCACCCCCCUCCCCGGCCCCCCAGCCCCACGGAGAUCGCCGGCCAGAAGCUGUCCGAGAGCCCUGCCUCCCUGCCCUCGUGUCCCCCAGUGGAGACAGCCCUCAUCAACCAGCGGGACUUGGCCGACGCCCUCCUGGACACGGAGCGCAGCCUGCGGGAGCUGUCCCAGCCUUCAGGUGGCCCCCCGCCUCAGGCCUCUCCAGUGUCAGUCUACCUGUUCCCAGGUGAACGGAGUGGGGCCCAGCCCCUGUCACCUCCUGUGGUAGCCCCCACAGGCAGCCUGGGGUCCCCCUCAGAGGCCAAGGAAGAUGAAAAGGAAGAGGAGGGGGAUGGAGACACUCUGGACAGUGAUGAGUUCUGCAUCCUCGAUGCUCCUGGCCUAGGAGUCCCGCCUCGUGAUGGGGAGCCCGUGGUGACGCAGCUGCAUCCAGGCCCCAUCAUUGUUCAGGACGGGCACUUCUCACGGCCGCUGGGCAGCACGGACCUGCUGCGGGCACCUGCCCACUUCCCAGUGCCCAGCAGCCGUGUGGUGCUGCGUGAGGUCUCCUUCGUCUGGCACCUCUAUGGGGGUCGAGACUUUGGCCCCCACCCUGGCCACAGGGCAAGAGUUGGCCUCAUGGGCCCCAGGGGCUCCCCUUCCCGAUGCUUCGGCCCCAACCGACCCCAGAACUCCUGGCGUAUGCAGGGGGGCAGUGGGAGGCAGCACCACGUCCUCAUGGAGAUCCAGCUCAGCAAGGUGGGCUGCGGGCGAGGGUGCAGAGGCCCGCUUGGGGGGGCGGCCCACCCCUGCUGCCCAGCCUGCACUCCAUUUCUCGGGAACUUGGUGCGGGCCCUGGGCACUUUUGCUGGCCUCCUCAUCGGCCUGGCCCAGCUCAACUGCUCCGAGCUAAAGCUAAAGCGGCUCUGCUGCCGGCAUGGGCUCCUGGGCGUGGACAAGGUGCUGGGCUAUGCUCUCAAUGAGUGGCUGCAGGAUAUCCGCAAGAACCAGCUGCCCGGCCUGCUGGGGGGCGUGGGCCCCAUGCACUCAGUGGUCCAGCUCUUCCAAGGGUUCCGGGACCUACUGUGGCUGCCCAUCGAGCAGUACAGGAAAGAUGGGCGCCUCAUGCGGGGGCUUCAGCGGGGGGCCGCCUCCUUUGGCUCAUCCACAGCCUCCGCUGCCCUAGAACUCAGCAACCGACUGGUGCAGGCUAUCCAGCUCCAGGGAGCCCCCUGUGAAACUCCUGUCCUCCCAGGCAGGACAGCCCCCAUGCCCCUCCCGGACACCCUGCGUCCUGACUCGCUGCUGAAGAUGACCUUGGGGGGCGUGACCCUGACCUUGCUUCAGACUUCUGCCCCACCUCCUGGACCACCUGACCUCACCACCCACUUUUUUACGGAGUUUGAUGCCACCAAGGAGGGGCCCUUUGGUUCCCGAGACUUCCACCAUCUGCGACCACGCUUCCAGAGGGCCUGCCCCUGCAGCCAUGUCCGGCUAACGGGCGCAGCCGUGCAGGUGUCCUGGGAGCUGCGAACAGGCAGGGGCCGGCGGACCACCAGCACAGAAGUGCACUUCGGGCAGCUUGAAGUGCUAGAAUGUCUGUGGCCCAGGGGUGCUCCCAAGCCUGAGUACACAGAGAUCCUGAGCUUCCCCAGCAGCCUGGGCUCCCAGGCCUCAGCUCGGCCCUGUGCCCACCUGCGCCACACGCAGACGCUGCGCCGUGUGUCCAAGGGGGUCCCCUCCCGUCCUGCCUUCACCCUGUCCCCUGGCCCCCAGAGCCGACCCCGUCGCCCAGCUGCCUGCCACUGUCACUCAGAACUGGCCCUGGACCUGGCCGACUUCCAGGCAGAUGUGGAGCUAGGGGCCCUGGACCGGCUUGCUGCCCUGCUACACCUGGCCACCGUACCCUCCCCUGAGCUACCUGCUGGCCUGCUGACAGAGACCCCACCAGCAACUGAGCAGCAGACAGUGGUGCAGCUCUCGGCGCCCCGGGCCACCCUGCAGCUGUGCUUCCCCAUUGCUGACCUGCGGCCUGAGCGGGACCCCUGGGCGGGCCAGGCUGUGCGGACUGAGCAUCUGCUGCUGGAGCUGAGUGAGCCCCAGUUCCAGUUGCAGCUGAGCAGUGGGCCUGGCCCCCCAGCCCCCACCCGCUUGGAACUUACCUGUUCUGACCUACAUGGCUCCUACGAAGAUGGAGAGAAGCCACCAGUUGCCUGCCUACGGGUUUCCAAAGCCCUGGAUCCCAAGAGCCCUGGGCACAAAUACUUUCUGCCCCAGGUAGUGGUGACCCUGAACCCCCAGCUCAGCAGCACACAGUGGGAGGUGGCCCCAGAGAAGGGAGAGGAGCUGGAGAUGUCGGCUGAGAGUCCAUGCGAGCUGCAGGAGCCCGAGCCCUCGCCCUUCUCCUCCAAGAGGACCAUGUACGAGACAGAGGAGAUGGUGAUUCCUGGAGACCCUGAGGAGAUGAGGGCCUUCCAGGGCCGGGCCCUCGCACUGUCACGCUGCAGCCUGGAAGUGCUCCUGCCCAGCACCCAUGUCUUCCUGCCCAGCAAGGAGGUCUACGAGAGCCUCUACAACAGGAUCAACAAUGACCUGCUCAUGUGGGAGCCUGCAGACCUGCUGCCCCCCCCUGCCCCCACAGCUCACCCCCAGAGCUUCCAGGGCCCCUCAGGCUUCUGGCAGGACAACUUCAAGAUGUGCAAGUCGGCCUUCAAGCUGGACUCAGACUCGGACGAUGAGGAUGCCCACUUCUUCUCAGUAGGGGCAUCGGGCACCCCCCAACCCCGUGCCCCCAAGCCCCCAGGCCCUCAGUCCCAGAGUACCUUCUCUACACUGGUGACAGUGCUGAAGGGUCGGAUCACAGCUCUCUGUGAGACCAAGGAUGAGGGUGGGAAGCGGCUAGAGGCCGUGCAUGGGGAGCUGGUGCUGGACGUAGAGCAAGGCACCAUCUUCAGCGUCUCCCGGUACCGAGGCCAGCCCGGACUUGGCUACUUCUGCCUGGAAGCUGAAAAGGCAGCGCUCUUCCACCGAGCGGUGGUGGAUGACUGCCUGCUGCCCAGCCACCUGGAGCUGCCCAGCUUUGCUCCUCCAGCCCAGCUAGCCCCAACCAUCUACCCAUCGGAGGAAGGAGUGACCGAAUGGGGAGCCUCAGGCCACAAGGGCCAAGGCGGGGGCCCCCACAUGCUGUCCACAGCCGUUCGUAUCCACCUGGACCCCCACAAGAAUGUCAAGGAGUUCCUGGUGACACUGCGGCUGCAGAGAGCCACCUUGCGCCACUACAUGUCCCUGCCAGAACAGAGCUGGCACUCCCAGCUGUCAGAGUUCUUGGAUGUGCUGGAUGACCCGGUGCUGGGCUAUCUGCCCCCUGCUGUCAUCACGGUCCUACACACACACCUGUUCUCCUGCGCCGUGGAUUACAGGCCCCUCUACCUCCCUGUACGUGUCCUCCUCACCGCUGAGAGCUUCACCCUCUCCAGCAACAUCAUCAUGGACACCUCCACCUUCCUGCUGAGGUUCAUCCUCGAUGACUCGGCCUUAUACCUGUCCGACAAGUGUGAGGUGGAGACCCCAGAUCUGCGGCGAGAUUAUGUCUGCGUCUUGGAUGUCGACCUCUUGGAGCUGGUGAUCAAAACCUGGAAGGGGAACACUGCGGGCAAACUGAGCCAGCCACUGUUCGAGCUGCGCUGCUCCAACAACGUGGUGCAUGUGCACAGCUGCGCCGACUCCUGCGCCCUGCUAGUCAACCUGCUCCAGUACGUAAUGAGCGAAGGUGACCUGCACCCCCCUCCCCGGCCCCCCAGCCCCACGGAGAUCGCCGGCCAGAAGGUACAGCUGUCCGAGAGCCCUGCCUCCCUGCCCUCGUGUCCCCCAGUGGAGACAGCCCUCAUCAACCAGCGGGACUUGGCCGACGCCCUCCUGGACACGGAGCGCAGCCUGCGGGAGCUGUCCCAGCCUUCAGGUGGCCCCCCGCCUCAGGCCUCUCCAGUGUCAGUCUACCUGUUCCCAGGUGAACGGAGUGGGGCCCAGCCCCUGUCACCUCCUGUGGUAGCCCCCACAGGCAGCCUGGGGUCCCCCUCAGAGGCCAAGGAAGAUGAAAAGGAAGAGGAGGGGGAUGGAGACACUCUGGACAGUGAUGAGUUCUGCAUCCUCGAUGCUCCUGGCCUAGGAGUCCCGCCUCGUGAUGGGGAGCCCGUGGUGACGCAGCUGCAUCCAGGCCCCAUCAUUGUUCAGGACGGGCACUUCUCACGGCCGCUGGGCAGCACGGACCUGCUGCGGGCACCUGCCCACUUCCCAGUGCCCAGCAGCCGUGUGGUGCUGCGUGAGGUCUCCUUCGUCUGGCACCUCUAUGGGGGUCGAGACUUUGGCCCCCACCCUGGCCACAGGGCAAGAGUUGGCCUCAUGGGCCCCAGGGGCUCCCCUUCCCGAUGCUUCGGCCCCAACCGACCCCAGAACUCCUGGCGUAUGCAGGGGGGCAGUGGGAGGCAGCACCACGUCCUCAUGGAGAUCCAGCUCAGCAAGGUAAGCUUCCAGCACGAGGUGUACCCAGCAGAGCCAGCCGCGGCCCCCACGGGCCCCACGGGCGCUGGCCGGGAGCUGGAGGAGCAGCCGCUGUCCCGCCAGGUGUUCAUUGUGCAGGAGCUGGAGGUCCGCGACCGGCUGGCCUCGUCCCAGAUCAACAAGUUCCUGUACCUGCACACGAGUGAGCGGAUGCCGCGGCGCGCCCACGCCAACAUGCUCACCAUCAAAGCGUUGCACGUGGCCCCCACAACCAACCUGGGCGGACCCGAGUGCUGUCUCCGAGUCUCACUGAUGCCCCUGCGGCUUAACGUGGACCAAGAUGCCCUGCUCUUCCUCAAGGACUUCUUCACCAGCCUAGUGGCUGGCAUCGCCCCCAUGGUCCCGGCGGAGAGCUCCACGGAGGCUCGCCCUGAGACCCGAGCCCAAGCCAGCAGCCCCUGGGAAGGGCAGCCUGAUGGUGUAGAGACGACCAGCCCCCAGGAGACCCCAGGCAGUGGCCACAGCUCCUCUGUGGAGCAGCAGCCCAUCUACUUCAGGGAGUUCCGCUUCACAUCCGAAGUGCCCGUCUGGUUGGACUACCAUGGCAAGCACGUCUCCAUGGACCAGGUGGGCACUUUUGCUGGCCUCCUCAUCGGCCUGGCCCAGCUCAACUGCUCCGAGCUAAAGCUAAAGCGGCUCUGCUGCCGGCAUGGGCUCCUGGGCGUGGACAAGGUGCUGGGCUAUGCUCUCAAUGAGUGGCUGCAGGAUAUCCGCAAGAACCAGCUGCCCGGCCUGCUGGGGGGCGUGGGCCCCAUGCACUCAGUGGUCCAGCUCUUCCAAGGGUUCCGGGACCUACUGUGGCUGCCCAUCGAGCAGUACAGGAAAGAUGGGCGCCUCAUGCGGGGGCUUCAGCGGGGGGCCGCCUCCUUUGGCUCAUCCACAGCCUCCGCUGCCCUAGAACUCAGCAACCGACUGGUGCAGGCUAUCCAGGCCACAGCAGAGACCGUGUAUGAUAUCCUGUCCCCGGCGGCACCCAUCCCCCGCUCCUUGCAGGACAAGCGCCCCACACGGAGGCGGAAGGGCCAGCAGCCCGCAGACCUCCGGGAAGGUGUGGCCAAGGCCUACGACACAGUUCGAGAGGGCAUCCUGGACACGGCUCAGACCAUCUGCGAUGUGGCGUCUCGGGGCCAUGAGCAGAAGGGGCUGACAGGUGCUGUGGGGGGUGUGAUCCGCCAGCUGCCCCCCACAGUGGUGAAGCCUCUCAUUCUGGCCACAGAGGCCACAUCCAGUUUGCUGGGGGGGAUGCGAAACCAGAUACUCCCUGAUGCCCACAAGGACCACGCUCUCAAGUGGCGCGCAGACGAGACCCAGGACUGAUCGCCAGGACCCAAAGACGCUGCUGCCCACCACGCCCAGCUCACCCCAGCACCUGGGCUCCCGCUCCUGGUGAGAGCUUUGGCCCACAGGCAGGCAGGCCAGGCCCUCCAGGGGAAGAUUGGGAAGGACCCUGCCCGGCCCACCUGCUGCCAGGCUUCAGAGGCGGGGCCUCCCUGCCUGGGGCCUGGGCCCCAUCUCUGCACUUUUCUUCUGGGGAGAAAGGACACUGCCUCCACCACUGCCUGGGCCCACACUGCUGUCUUGUCCCAGGCCAGAGGCUCUUGUACCCAACCCCACUCAGCCAAGUGUCUUUCUGUGUCUGGAGGGAGCUGUCAGGACAGACACAGUGUGGUUCAGUGUAUUAUUUUUAAGCUCCUUGAGUGUGUGGGUCAGUGUCUGCAUGAAGUGGAAUAAACUGCCCACUGCCA